AUGGAACGGCAAGGAUAUCAAAGCUCAGUCCAAUUUACUAACGCCCAGAGACAAGCGCCCAGCUAUGACCCUAAAAUUCUAGAAUCGUAUAGCUCUUAUUCUUUUUCAAAGCAGGAACCUCCACAAAAUUUAAAUUCCCAGAGGCAAGACCCUCGUGGAACUUUUCAAAAUUUCCAAACAAGCAGCAGACCUGCUGAGCUGAGCCAAGAUCAGCGAGCUUCUUAUUGGUCUGAGUCUAAAGUCCCUGAGCAAGUUAGAUCUGACCCAAGACGCACUGAAACUUCUUACAGAAAUGAAGCCAAAGUGCAAGAAACUUAUGCGCCAGGUCUAAGAACACUGAUAAAUGACCCAAAGCAGCCUGAUACUAAAAAACGGCCAACAACUGCAACAACAAAAACUGCUAACAAAACAAAAACUCAAAUAAGUCUAGAAGACGAAUACAUCCAUAACCUCCAACAACAAAUUUAUUUCUUAGAACUUGAGCUAAAACUACUUAAAGAAAAAGAAAAAGACGAAAAAUCUAUGUUUCCUCUUGAUGGGAUGGAAACAGGCCCUCUAAAUGAAAGCAUUUUUGCCUUAAAAGCAAAAUACAAAAAACUGCAAGCAGAUUUAGAAGCAAGACUAACAGUUCUUGGAAGGGAAAAUCGAGACUUAGCAACAAGACAUUUAUCUCUACAAAUGAGUUUGGAAAAAGCUAUAGAAGAUUAUAAAGAAGCUGAAGGGGUUUAUAGAGAAAAUAUCCAGUAUUUUAAUCAAGAAACCGAAAAAUAUAGAAAGCAGUUAAACGGGGAAACACUUUCUAGGGACGAUAUUAUGAAAAGGCUAGCAGAAAUUACCAAGGAAAAAGAAUUAGCGAAAACUUGGGCUAAUGAGUUGAAGCUGAAAUUUGACAAGCAAGAUCUAACAAUAAAGAAGACAAUGGAAAAGUUAGAAGCAAUGGAAAGUUAUAUAGGUAAAUCAUAUAAACUGCCCUAUAAGGGCAGGACAUUGGAGCUGGAAACUCUCCAGCCGCUGGAUCAACUCAGUCUAGUCAAACCAAUUGGAGAGUUGGCAAAAGGACCUCUCUCCAGUUGGUCCAACCAUGGAGAGUUUCCAGCUUCAAUAUCCUGCCCUUAUAGGGCAAUUUAUAGGGUUUGCCUAUAAAAAUUAUGUAGUAGAAGAAAAAAACAAACAAAUAAUUGACUUACAAAAGCAAAUCGCAAUUUUGCAAGAAAAAAUUGACCAAGACACCACAAUAACAUCAUUAAGAGUGCAAUUAGAAGAAAUUACAAAAAAAAUAAAUGAAGUUGCUAUAGAGAGAGAUGAAUAUUUAAAUAAAUCAAGAGGGUUAGAAUAUGCUAAAGACCUUAUUGAGAAAUCUUGUGCACAACUUUUGGCUGAGAAAAAGCAGCUUGCAGUCCAGAUCGUGGAGCUUAAAAAUGACAUGGAAAAAGAAAAAGUGUACCAAGAAACCCAGUUGAACAAGAAAUUAAGAGAAAUUGAUAGCAAAGAUAUGAGAAUUGCUAUUAAGCAAAUUGAAGACUCUAGAAAAGAAGCAGUCUAUAGCAUGGAACAGUUUAAAUCGAAAUAUGCAGAAAAUGUUGCAUUAAUUGAAGAAACUAAUAAACUCAAAGAAGAGUUCAUAAAAGAGAAAAAUAAGUAUGAAACUCUAAUAGAAGAGCAUAGGAAGCAUGAAGAAAAUGUUAAAAAGUUUGAUGCGGAGUUUCAUGAGACUUCGUAUAAUUUUAAACAGUUGCUAGAGAGAAACAGUCAGCUAGAGGUCGAUAAAAGACGGUCAGGAGAUGACUCCAAAAAGCUUUUCAGCGAAAACUCUGAACUCAGAGCCCAAGUCUUUUACCUCAGCAAAAAGCUAGAAAUGAACGACCAGCUUAAAAAUAUUGAUCUAGAUGAGCUUAAAAGCCUUUCUAAAACUAAUGUUCAAAUCAAUGGAGCAAUUGGACAACUAUUGACAGUCUGGGAUGGAAUUGAGCAUUUUCAGAAAACCCAGCCUUAA